AUGGCCGCGCUGCGCCGAACCCUCCACGUGGCGACCCUGGCGGCUGGGGCGCGCCGCGCUUUGGCGGGCUCCCUGGCUGGUAGCUGCCUGGCCGACCGUCGCCUCUGGGAUAAGCUUCAUGCCGAUGCCGGUAGGGGCAGCGUCCCCACGUUCGAUUGGUUCUUUGGGUAUGAGGAAGCCCAGGGGUUGCUACUUCCGCUGCUGCAGGAGUCAGGGGCUGCCUGCCCACCAAGGGUGUUGGACGUGGGCUGUGGGACCUCCAGCCUGUGUACAGGCCUCUACACCAAGUGCCCACAUCCCGUGGAUGUGCUGGGGGUGGACUUCUCUCCUGUGGCUGUUGCCCACAUGAAGAGUCUCCUGGAAGGUGGUCAAGGCCAAACACCCCUCUGUCCUGGGCAUCCUGCUUCCCAACUCCACUUCAUGCAGGCUGAUGCCCAGAAUCUGGAGCCAGUGGCUUCCUCAGGCUCCUUCCAGCUAGUGCUGGAUAAGGGCACCUGGGAUGCUAUUUCCCGAGGUGGUCUGCCCGGGGCUUACCAGCUUCUGUCAGAGUGCCUCAGGGUCCUAAGCCCCCAGGGGACCCUGAUUCAGUUCUCAGAUGAGGACCCUGAUGUGCGGCUGCCUUGCCUGGAGCAAGGGUCCCCAGGCUGGACUGUGACUGUGCAGGAGCUAGGCCCUUUUGGGGGCAUCACCUACUUUGCUUACUUGGUUCAAGGCUCUCAUUAA